UAAAGGAAAUAACACCCUCUUCUCCGUGUAGCAUAAAUAUUGAUACAUCAUGCAACAUUCAGGGUCGUUUAUCUGGUAAAAGGUACGAUAAAUUCGAUAGUUUAGCGAUGGCAGCUCCAGCAAAAUGCUUUCUGGUGACUGGCUCCCCUGGCGUCGGUAAAACCACUCUAAUUGCUAGGGUUUUGGAGACACUCAGAAUUUCCAACCCCAAUUUAAAGAUUCAGGGUUUCUUAACCCGCGAGAUCAGACAAGGAGGCGAGAGGGUAGGGUUUGAGGUGGUUACGUUAGAUGGUCGUACUGCUCCACUUGCUUCUAUUCACAGUUCUAGGUAAGUUUUUUUUUUUUAUACCUUCUGAUCAUACAAAGGCGGCUUACAUUUUUGCUAUCCACAUUAUGUGCAUUACUCCAUUUGUCCCAUGAAUAUCKUAAAGUUUUCUGGAUCAAUAUAAGUGGCAUCAAUGGUUUGUGGUGUGAAAUGGAUAGAUAAGUUAUUUUCCAGAUACACUGGAGGUCGUAUGUACAAAUCAAAAGAUUAUGUAUGGUCAGCCAGAUCUUAUAAAAUUGCC